GUUACCACUCGGGCAUGCUAUGAAACACACUCAGUUUAAACAACAAACGCUAUGCAAUGUGUCGUGGUAGAUUAUUGCAUAUUCGUCUGUUUCAGGCUUCCUCCCACUUGUGGGACUGUCAUCACUUCCCGAUGCUUUACACCAAUAGGCCAAAUUAUGACGACACCGAUUCUGACGACGAGGAAGAGGAGGAUGAACGUGAGGAAAGAUGGAAUUAUGUUUCAUCUGCAGCACACUCUUUCACUUAUAUCAUGACAGAUAUCUUUCGACGUUUGGGAUCCUUCCGGAUAGUCAAGAUGCUGAACGUCCCGACCCAGUCGUUCCCGGCGGCGGGGUCCCAGCAGCGGGUGGCCCCGGCAGGACAGUCCGGGAGGAACAAGGUGGCCUUGAAGCCGGGUCACAGUCUGAUGGACUGGAUCCGUUUUGCCAAGAGUGGGCGAGACCACACGGGGCUGAGAGGCCGCUUGAUUGAGGUCACUGAGGAGGAACUGAAGAAACACGGCAGAAGAGACGACUGCUGGACGUGCAUACGAGGCAUGGUGUACAAUGUGACGCCCUACAUGGACUACCAUCCAGGGGGGGAAGAGGAGCUGAUGAAGGCGGCAGGGAAAGACGGCACUGAACUGUUUGAUCAGGUCCAUCGGUGGGUUAAUUAUGAAUCUAUGCUGAAAGAGUGCCUAGUGGGCAGGAUGGCCGUCAAACCGCUGGCUGUCAAAGCUCUGUCUCAGAAGAAGGUCAUCAGCUCCAACCUGAAUGGUCUCACUCCUCCUCUUCCUCCACCACCACUGAUGGCCUCCCCCACCUCUCCAUCUUCUAUGAUGCUGCGCCCGACCGGAUUUGCCCCUCCUUCAGAGAAGGAUUCUCGACCACGGUUCGACUGGUUCCAAACAGACUCGACUGUUAAUAUUGUUGUUUAUACCAAGAGAAAGAUCCCCCGCUCAGGCUGUGCCACCAUCGACCUGCAGGGCGGCGUCUUGCGACUGGAGGCCCUGCUGGGAAACAUGUCCUACAUGCUUCAUCUACGCCUAACUGAAGAGGUAGAGGGGAGUGUUGAAGUCCAGACAGCAGGGUCUGUCGGGAAAAUCCAGCUGAGCAUACCCAAGCAGGCCAAGGGGAAGUGGGCCAGUGUGGGUCAACCUCUAGAGUUUCAUAACAGCUUCCUGCGUCAGAAAGACAGAGCACUCCACUAUAGGGAUUGCGUGUUGGUGUCAAAGACGGAGGUCAACCACAACACCUCGGUGUUCCGGCUGCAGCUGGGCUGUGGGUCGGUCAUGCACGUGCCUGUUGGGAAGCAUGUCUACCUCAAAACCCAGGUCCAAGAUGCUGAGGUGGUGAAGCCAUACACGCCAGUGGAGCAGUCCCUGAUCCCGGUGGUCCCGGUGGACCCGGUGGACCCGGUGGACCCGGUGGUCCCGGUGGACCCGGUGGACCCAGCCUCCCAAGACCAGACCCACGGCUCAGACCUCUUCCUCAUGAUCAAGGUCUACCCUGACGGACUCUUCACCCCGCAACUCGACACCCUGCACAUCGGUGACCAUCUGAUGGUCAGCGGUCCGGAGGGUCCCUUCAGUCUCCGCCCCCUCCGUGAUGUCACCCACCUCUACCUAUUAGCCGCUGGCACCGGGUUCACGCCCAUGGCCCGGCUCAUCCAACUGUCCCUGCAGGACCUAGGAAGCAUCAAGAGCACCAAGCUGCUCCUCUUCAACCGCCAGGAGAAGGACAUCACGUGGCGCAGUCAGAUGGAUGAACUAGCAGCUACAGAUCAGAGGUUCCAGGUGGAGUACGUGCUGUCUGAGCCGGGCGACGGCUGGCCGGGCCAGAAGGGGCGAGUGGAACAGUCCAUGCUGCGGGACUUCCUGAGCCGACCAGAGGGCUCCAGGGUAUACGUGUGCGUGUGUGGACCCAGCGCCUUUACAGAGCUCACAGAGGAGUUGGUGAGGCAGCAGGGCUUCAGCCAAGAGGAGGUCCACACCUUCCAGGGCUGAUCCACCGCCACUACUCCACCUCACGUUGUGCAGACACACACUUUAACCGGUUCUUGUACAUAACACAGAGGAUCAACUUUUAACCAGAUGAAUGGAAGGACACAACGGUUUUCUAUGCACUCAACUUAACGGAGAGCGGGUGGAAAUAUGCAAGGAAUAGGUAUCAGGGGGCGCGCGGGCAGCGGGCAGGCGGGCGGGCGUCUGCCAGGCGGGCGUCUGCCAGGCAGGGUCCCCUGGCAGCAGGACUUCCCGGGCCUUUCACCUCUCCACGAUUUAAUCAAACUGGAGACACUGGGUUUUCAAGUUUCCAGCCCUGGGAGGUGUUCCGAAUCUUAAAUGAACAACAUAGUUCAAGACUGUCCUCCCUGGUGUUAUGCCUGGUGGCACAUGCAUACAGGUCCUCCAACGCGAUGGACGGCCGACCGCCCAUUGGGCCAUUCGAUUCUCAGGGUACCAGGAUUAAGCGGCAGCUCCCUGAUCCUCCUCCUCCUCCUCCUCCUUCAACUAUACUGGGUGCUGGUUGAUGGGAUAGGUACUGUAGCUCAACAUCGCAUCGAUUCUCUCCACAUUCACGUUUCAUGCAAAUAUCCACUAAGUUACUAUGCUAGUACAUGUUUAUUUGCUGUUGCAGCUACUGCAAAUAGAAGUUGGGUUAUUGAGGUUUCCCUUUGAGAUGUAAUCACGUGUAAUUAGCAGAGGAAGGGCGGAAUAAUCCAGAGAACAAACACACUGGCUAAUGAAAGAGAAAUGCCUGUCUUUUUUUGAUUCUCUCGGAAAAGAAAGUCGUUGACAGGAUUUUAUGAAUUAAGAAUGAACUGUAUUUCAGAUGUGCGUAUUAUUUCCCUAUUGUUGGCGGCUUUGAGUAAGGAUUUUAAGAAUAGUUCAUGGUCAUUACCACGACUCUUGCCAUGAGUGUCAAAGGCAAUACAUGCAAGCACAUAUGUACCACAUAUGCUUUUGUUCCAUCCUCCUUUAACAUAUUGUUACGUACUUUGCCAAAUGACAUAACAGGUUUUAAAAUGAGCAAUGUAUAGUUUCUCUGAACUGUUCAAUUCACGUAAAAUGAUAAAAUGUUUAAACCAGACCAGAACAAUCUUAUUCUUCCCCAAACCAAAGUCAAAACCCAUUACUGCCUCUGCAAUGAGCGUUUCCAAAGCCACUGUCUUUUUCAGCUAAGCAUUGGAACGGUUCUGUUGCUAUGGGGAUUGCCUUUGACAUGCAGUGCUGUGGUCGUUUACUGUUGUUAUUUUCUAUAUAUUGUGGCCAUUCUCUUCUAUGGCACAAGAUAGAAAUGUUCCAUAUUUAUCCUGAAUGAGUUGCAAUACAGUUUUUAGGAUGUGUGAAAGUGCGUGGUAUAUGACAUGUAUAAGCAUUUUAUUUAAUACUGUAUUUUCUGUAGGAAAGGCAGGGGUAAUAUGUUGUCCCCUUAUUGCCUGUAUCUCUUCCACGUGAAAACCAUUGUACAUUUGAGCAAUCCCACAGCAGAAUAAUAAUAACACCGGAGUUGUGUCUAAAAACCA